AUGUCGGCGUUCGGAUUCGGGGAACUCCACGAUGGUGGGAACCCGAUGACCGCCGCUUUCCGAACUGGCAAAAAUGCUCCAAAGAAAAAAGACAAGCCAGAAAUCGUUAUGCCAGACCAAGAAGAUCCUGACGAGAGGUUAAAACAACCACGGGGCGUUCUUCCACAGGGAAUGCGCUCGAAAAUCGACGCAGAAAAGGCGCGCUUGGCUGAUGGAACCGUCGACAACCCCGGUAACGCGCCAUCGAUAGAUCCGAACAAAGAGCUUUGGGUGGAAACAAGAUCACCGGCUGGAAAGGUCUACUUUUACAACGCUAAAACAAGGAAAACGGCAUGGUCGCGCCCGAGCAAAGCUCAAGUUAUCUCACAGCAACAAUUCCUUGCACUAGCGAUUUCUCAAACAUCCAAAGCGACUGGAAACUCUGGAGCAGGGAGCUUUCAGGCUCCAGCGGCAAUGCCAGCGAUGUUGAUGCAGAUGGCGCCGGCAGCAGCGGGUAUCGUUGGAAUGGGCGCAUCAAGAGGUGAUGAUUGGGUUCAACAAACAACUGCCGAUGGAAAAGUCUACUACUACAACAAACGAACACUAGAAAGCAGCUGGACGAAACCACAGGCCCUACUUGAAGCGGAAAAAGCUCAAAGAUUCAUGGAAGAACAAAAGGCUAAAAGAAAACCUGUCGGAAAAGUAGCCGUCCCUGGAACACCUUGGGCGAUUGUUUGGACUGGAGACGGACGACACUUCUUCUUCAACCCUUCGGCGAAGCUCUCGCUCUGGGAAGUGCCAGAAGAGCUGAAGUCUAGAUCUGAUAUCGAAAAAUUGAUCAACGAUGGUCCAAAUGGCCCAGAACAAGAAAAAGACGAUGAAGAAGAGCAGGAGAUGCCAGCAGUUUCACAAGAAAAAACAGGCCCUACUCCAGUUAGUAUUCCCGAUGAGUCCACAGGUGAGCCGCCAGCGAAGAAGCAAAAAGAAAACGAGGAGAAGCUCGAUAUCUACUUCGACGUAGCACGAAAAAAUAGAGAGAUGAAAGCAGCGAAGCUCAUCGAAGAACUGCCUCUGGAAGUUAGAUUAGAAAAAUUCUACGAUUUAUUGCGGGAGAAUAAUAUUUCCGCCUUUUCAACAUAUGAACGAGAAGAGCGUAAACUCGACAAAGAUGAUCGAUUCCUCCUGCUUCUCCCGACAGCAAGAAGACAAGCGUUCGACGAUUUUCUAGCAGACAAAGCGCAGCUAGAAGUGAAAUUGAGAAAGGCUCAAAAAGACGAGAAGAUUGCCAAGUUCGAGGAAAUGUGCGAAAAUUGGAAGGGAAACAGAUUCUCCGAAUUCGCAGCUCGUUUUGCUCGUGAUAAGCGAUUUCUUGCCUUUGACAAGAUGAAGGAGAGAGAAACGCUCUUCUUUUCUUACAAAAAGAAAUUAAAGGACAAGUCGCUCAAUGACAGUAAAAAGAAGAAAGAAGAUAUCAAACUUGAUUUCAUGGACAUUCUGGACAAGAAGAAGUGUCAGACACUGAAAAACUGGGAGGAGGUCGAGGAAAAGCUGAAGGACACUUCAGAAUUCAAAGCUGCACCUGAAGAAGAAAGGCGUUCCUGGUAUGUGGGCUUCCUCAAAACACUGGCUCUUGAGCAGGAUGAAGAUGCGAAAAUAGCGUUGAAACAACACGAAGCUGAAGAGAAAAAGCGACGCAUGCAGGAAGCGAUUGAAAAGCGUAAAAGGGAAGCUGAUGAAGCUCGUGGGGCCCUCGGCCGUCAAAUGGAUACUGAAAGGAAAAAGCAUCAAACUGAAGCAGCCAAGGAUACUUUUAUGACCAUGUUGUCUGAAAAAAUAAGAAGCACAGAUUAUAAUUGGGACGACGCAAAAUCGAAACUCAAAAAAGAAUCACGCUGGAGCCAAGUUUCGGAUCUCGACAGAGGCGAAAUGGAAGCGUUGUUUCAUGAGCAUAUGGAUAGUUUAAAAGAAAAAAGAAAGAAGGCAUUCCAUCAAUUAUUAGCAGAAACCAAAGUCAACACGACAUCGAGCUGGAAAGACAUUAGAAGAAAAAUCAAAGAAGACAUCCGUUAUCAAAAGUUCUCUUCUUCAGAGAGAAAAAAAGAGCGAGAAUUCAACGAGUAUAUCGACUCACUUGGCACAAAAGCUCGCCAAGAGUUCCAGGAAAUGCUUGAAGAAUGUCGCCUGAUAACUUAUGAAACAGAAGAAGCUAUUCGCGAUGAAAACGAACCUGGAAAAAUCCUCAACGAAAUCGUCGAAGUGCUCAAAGUCGACACUCGCUGGAAAGCACUGGCGAGUUUAGGCACCGAGCGCAAGCACAUGACCCGAGGUUACAUCCGUGAAAAGCAUCGUGCUGGUCCCCUGCCCCCAUCACUGCCUCGCAGCGAAAUCCUAUCGGUGCACCGCUCAACAAGCAACGUUAAAAAACCUGAACUUCACAACUUACAACCUUUCAAAUAA